AUGGCCGGACAACUACGAUUCCAGGAAUUUGACAUCUCGGAACUCUCGCUAUCAUCAUACGUUCUGACCCUUAAUCAAGAUGAACCACCUUUUAUUGCUCUGCCUAUCUUCCCAUCGAGGUUCUUCAGGCAUCAAUCGAUGUACAUCAACACUGAGUCCAACAUAAAGAAGCCCUCAGAUCUCCGGGGCAAGCGGAUAGGAAUACCAGAAUACCAAAGUAAGAAAGAUCACGGUGUAAGUUAUUUUGCACACCCUAACGCUGGACCAGUGACAGCAGCAGUGUGGCAACGAGGUAUCAUGGCAGAAGAGUUUGGAGUUCCUAUCGAUGAAGUCCAAUUCUUCACCGGUGCCAUUGAACCAUCCGAGACUGAGAGAAAGAGCAAGAUCCCACACACCCUACCUCCAGGAGUGCAAGUAAAACAGAUCCAAGCGGGACAGAAUCUAUCCCAGAUGCUAGAAAGGGGCGAAAUCGAUGCCAUUUUCAGUGCAACAAAGCCUUCUUGUGUAGAACGGUGUACACAUUGCACUUAUCUUUUCCCGGAUUUCAAAUCGGUCGAAUCAGAAUUCUACGUGAGGACCAAGAUCUUUCCUAUAAUGCAUGUGAUAGCAAUCAAAAGAUCUGUAUAUGAGGCUAAUCCAUGGAUCGCGCGGACCCUUCAGAAGGCUUUCGCCGAAGCUAUAAAGAUUGGAUAUGAAGCUCUUCGCGAGCGCGCUGCUCUUCGAUACAUGCUUCCAUGGCUUGAGGAGCAUGUUCGGGAAACCGAGGAGCUGAUGGGCGGGACUGAAUAUUGGAAAGAUGGUUUCCAGGAGAACAAACAUGUCAUUGACAAGUUCCUUGACUAUUCUUACACACAGGGACUUGCAAAGAGACGUUUUCAGGCACACGAGCUGUUUGCCCCAAACACGCUGGAGUCAUUUGUUGUCUAG